UCAAUUCGGAGUUUGCCUGGGUGUACUGCCGACCCUUAUGUGCACAGUUUAGCUAUAUAACUAGAAAAUUGAUCUGCAGGCGCCAUAACGCGGACAAAUCUCAAGUCCGUCGAGUUAUAUCGAACUGCGAGAUAUAUCGAUAUCGAUGCAUUCGAGAUUCACAUGUACUUAUCUCCCGCCAAAAAUCACAUGUCGAAUCGAACUAGUGCGACAAGAAGUGGCAUUUGCGUGUUUAUGCUAACAAAGGUGUUUUCCAUAGAAUUGCAGCAAUAAUGGACGAUUCGCAGCCAUCUACCUCUGGCAGAACUAAGCGUCAAAAGAUUGAUAAAACUGGCAGACUCUCAGCUUUAGAAAGAUUGAAAGAGCUUCGAAGUGGUGGAAAACGCAAAUAUGAGAUUGAAGAGUUAGAAAAUGUAUAUGAUGAAGUCGAUGAGAAAGAAUAUAGCAAUACUGUCCUGAAACGUCAGCGGGAUGAUUGGAUAGUUGACGAUGGAGAAAGUGGAUAUGUUGAAGAUGGGAGGGAGAUCUUUGAUGAUGAUCUAGAUGAAGAAAGCAUUCAAGAAGCAAGAAAACAAGACAUCAUAAUAUGGCUGGACCUAGAAAGAAAAGAAAGGAAGAAAAUGGGAAAAAAGGGGAUAUUCAAAGUAUGA